CCCUCCCCAGCCACCUCCGAAACCAACCCCCCCAACCACCUCCGAUAUCCCCUAAACCCUAAACCCAAAUAUCCUAUUAAACUUGCCACCGUAAUUCUCCAUCCAAAUUCCAAUUUUUGAACAAAUAUAUUUAAAAAAACAUCAAUGAAAAUUUAAACCCACAAAAGCCCAUCAAUGAAAAUUUAAACCCACAAAAGCCCAUCAAUGAAAAUCAAAACCCAGAAGAAUUCAUUAAUAAAAAUAAAAAUCCACAAAAACCCAUCAAAUAAUUUACUCAAUUUGCAAAAAAGAAGGAGAGAGAAAGUGGACAUACAGGCCAGAAGAAUUGAGGGAAAAUAGAUGAGUAAAUUGGUGAUGUUGUUGUUGAUAGUAAGUAACGAGAAAAACACCCCUAAAAUUCUAAAAAUUCGAACUUACAGAUUUCCCCUUAGGAUUGGUACUUUCAAGCUUCAAUCUAUCUUUUUGAAUUGUUAUUAUCGAUAAAUUUGAUUUACCCACUAAAAAGUAAAAAUCUGUAUUUUAAAAAAAAAUUAAAACUUGAUUUGGGUAAAUCAUUAUUAAGUUGCAGAAUUAGGGUGAUUUUUUCCUCCAUUGCUGUAGUCUAUGGCUCGGCAGCUUUCACUAUCCGCCGGAGUUGUUUGCUAUUUAGUGUACGAAGUAAUUGUGGGAUAUCGACGAAUUUCUAAGAGGAGUGAUAAUCGUGGCAGGGAUUACUUAAAUGAGCUUCCAGAUGAUAUUCUUGCAAUAAUUUUACAAUAUUUGUCAAUGUAAGAUGUUUCUAAGCUUAAAAUAUUGUCACGACGAUGCAAGAUAGAUACUUUUCUUUGAAUGGAAACUCUACAGGCACUUCUUCACAUAUGAGCGCCCACAGGCGAAUUAAAACAGCGCAAAUUAAGGAGGGAAACUAUGGGGUCGUUUGGUUUACAUGGGAAGUCAAAAUUCCGAUGAAAUUGCAAGUUAGAGGAAAUAAAUUAAUUAAUCAAAUUCAUGGGAAAUUGGUUAAAUUGUUUGGUUGACAAUGGGGGAAUGAAAUUCCCAUGAGAAUUUCUACUUACCUGGCGGGACUUAAAUACUGAUACCGAGUAAUUUGCAAAAGGAAGAUAAAAUAACAAUGGCACGGCGUCAAAGAUCCAUUCAUAGCCAGUUUAAAGAAGUCGAGAUUACUGGAUUCUGUGGCAGUGAGACGCAGAUAGAAUUGUUGAUGACAAAAUUGACAACGCUUGAUGUAUGCGGCGAGCCGUGUAGCACAAAGUCAACUGCAGGGGGGUGAAAAAAAGCUUGGGAAUUGGUUAGAAUAGUAGGAGUAUCUAGUAUGAUAAGUAGUAGUAUGUACUAUCUAGUAUAUAAAUAAACUUGCUUUGAUACAUAUUGGUAUACCCCUUCUCUUUUCUUAAACUAUUGAGACAUCAAGGUCUCAAAGUUUAUAUCUUUUGGUUCUUAUUGUUGUAAAUAUAUUGUGAAUUUCAAUUCUUUUUGCUGUUUAUCUUGAGUUUUUUUUGGCAUAUUACAGCAAUUCUUUUUAUUUAUCCAUAAAGAUUUUGUCGAUUUUCGGAGAAAACAUAUCACAAAAGAUGAGAGGAGUUGAUAUAGAGAAUCAACAAAAGAAUGAAAGAGUACCAUUGUUGCAAAAUCAAUCAGGGAUUAUAACAAAGGAAGAUACCAACACAGCUUCAUAUUUAAGUGGAGUUUUUAACUUGUCAUGCACCAUUGUUGGUGCAGGGAUUAUGAGCUUACCAGCUGCCAUUAAAGUACUUGGUGUUAUCCCAGGUGCUCUUUUGAUUUUGGUUUCUGGGUUUUUGGCAAAGUACUCCAUUGAUAUCUUGCUUCGCUAUAGCGAAAAAGAAGGUUCAUAUACUUAUGGGCAGCUCAUGUAUAAUUCCUUUGGAAGAAUUGGGGAGAUUUUGUUUCAGAUUAGUGUCAUUAUCAACAACACUGGCAUUACCAUUAUAUAUUUGAUUAUCAUUGCGGAUGUUGUUUCUGGUUCAACUACAAGUGGCAUUCACCAUUCGGGUGUUUUAGAAGAGUGGUUCGGGGAACAUUGGUGGACAGGCCGCGCCUUUGUGCUGAUUCUCCUUACUGCGUUUGUCUUGGUUCCUACAGCAUGGAUCAAGCGUAUGGAAGCUCUGCAAUACACUUCUGCAAUAGCAGUUGGACUGGCAGUGUUUUUCAUUCUUAUUGUCAUUGAAAUUACUUGCUACAAAUUGGCAAUGGGAACAGUUAAACAACCACCACUCUUUCCUCGCAUAGAUGAUCUUGCAUCCUUUUGGAAUCUAUUCACUGCAGUUCCUGUGCUUGUUUGUGCAUAUCUUUGCCACUAUAACGUGCAUACAAUACGCAACGAGCUUCAAGAUCCAUCCCAAAUGCCAGGAGUAGUGAAGUCUUCUCUCUCUGUCUGCAGUACAAUCUACAUAAUGACAGGGUUAUUUGGAUUUCUUCUCUUUGGAGACUCAACUUCGUCAGAUGUACUCUCUAACUUUGACUCUGACCUUGGUGUCCCAUAUAGCCCACUAUUGAAUGCUAUGGUUCGUCUCAGCUAUGCAGCUCACAUUGUGCUUGUAUUCCCGGUUAUCUUUUACGCCCUAAGGCUUAACUUUUAUGGCCUUAUAUACAACUCGGCCAUUCCACUGACUUCAGAUAAUCAAAGAUCCACAUUUGCCAUCAUCACAUUGAGUUUAAUCCUUGUUAUACUAUUAGGAGCUAUAUUUAUUCCCAGUAUUUGGGUAGUUUUUCAGUUUACUGGGGCAACUGCUGGAGCUUUAAUCUUGUUCAUAUUUCCAGCUUCUGUUGUUCUCAGGGAUCAUUUAGGAAUCUCAACGAGAAGAGACAAGAUUCUUUCAUGGGGUUUGAUCAUUCUUGCUGUAGUUUCUGAUCUGGUGGCUAUAUACAGCAACGCCGUUUCCUUAAUGUGAAGUGCUUGCCUAUCUUGUUUGGGCUGCUCCAAAAUUGGUGGUUCGCCUUAUUUCAUGCUUUGAUGGGAAACAGGACAUCCCAUAUGGGGGGAGGGGAUUCUUAAUUUAUAGUUGCAUAUCACAAUGUGUUAUUCCAUGCACAAUAUGCCAUUGUGUAAUGAUUUGUGUUAUGCAUUAUUGCAUAUCACAAUUGUAAAGUAGGAGUUUCUCAGGGGGUGGUUCAUUUUUGUGCUGUGGUUCAUUUGUACUAUUUUCUCUGGGAGGUUUAUCCUCCCACCACUGUACAGUAUAUGUAUCCAAAAAAAAAAGCAGAAUCCUGUAGAAGUGUUCACUACUAUUAAAAUUUUCCCAAUUGUGAAUUGUUCUUAUGUGUUUCUUUUUCUCCUCUGAAAUUCUCUCCCUUAUUUCAUUUAUAUUGGAUG